AUCUCAUAAUGUUCCUCCAUUUGACAUCCUUCGCAAGAAGCAGACUUAUGAAGAAUGAAAUAGCUUUUACGAAAUAUAGGUGGCGACUUGAUUUUCACUUGUUAACUAUGCACCGGAAAGAUUGUCAUCACGGUCUGCCUAAAGACCACAAAUCGACCUCCGAGAAUUUCUACACUUGGCUAGAAAAAUAUAAUCAAAGCUUUAAUAAUGAUCAUUUGAAGAGUGUAUAUACCUCAAAGAAAGCCCAGGAAGAAUGGAAACCAAGAACGCGAGAAGAGCAUAACAGAAAUAAAAAUAUUGCAGAUAGCUCCUUCAGCAACCAGCGAAUAGAAACCGCAUUGAAAAUAUCACCCCAACCAUACAACAUUAAGGGCGAAUACAGGCAAAAUAACCGCCAGCAUUCCAGAGAUAAGGUUAACAGUGAUACAAACAGGGGAUUUGAUUACCGUUUCCACGAGCGUGAUGCCACCCGAUUAAAUAAUACCUGUAGCUCAAAUGUGACAAUGGAGCGCCGUGGCGGUCUUACCUGGAUACGAGGCUCCAAUGGAGUAUUAAUACCUUAUAUCGAGAAUACAUGGUUACAACAGAUGAUAACCAAACUAGUUUCCGAUUCAGAGUCACUGUGGCAAUUUAUGAACACUUUGAAGACAACACUGAUGGAAUCCGUUUUGUUUCUCUAUAGCGAAGGUAUAAAACCUUAUUUGGGGGAUGUUGCAAAUCAGAUGAAGCGUUCCAUUGCAGACAAUUUUUGGAGUGCCUCUGAGGUUGCGUUUGUAUCUCUUCAUUGUCAAGACACUGUAGAUCUUAGGACAGAGCUUCGUGUUAAAGGAGAGAUGGGUUGGGUUGUUUACCUUCGCGAAAAACCUCCAGGCUUUUUAGGUUUCGUUGACACUCACAGUACAGUGGAUCCGUAUUCCAACUAUCAUUGGCGUGCCCUGAACAAUUUUGCAGUGGAUAUCAUGAGAGCUUGCAAAGCGCCUGUUAAGAAUGAUAAUGAAGCCAGCGAAGGCCUGGUAUCAUUCACGGGAGGUCGCUAUGCUUUUGCGGAGCGUUUGCGCGAGGAGGUACAUGCUUUCCGAUCAAUGCGUUUGGGAGAGGUUGUUCAUCUUGUACAGUUGGCUAUAUACACUGGUGUGUUUGUGUAUGCUCAAAGAAUACUUCUUCCGGUGACUGCAUGUGAAAAGACAGCCGAAGAAAUGUUUCCCAGGAUGAAAAAAGCAAGGCACCCUAUUUGCUCCUCUCUGGAUGAGGUACGCAGAAUAAUUUCCUUGUUAGUGGACAACCGUAAACAUGGUCUUGUUUUAGCUCAGCUUAAACAACAGUUUUUGAUGCAGUUUAAUAAAGAGCUCAAUCCAAUAACGUUUGGCUUCCGUAAAUUGCAGAAUCUUCUUCUUUCUAAUCAUUUCAACAACCAGUAUCAGUUAUUCGUUCCCAUAGACAGUCCUCAUCGAACCCAUAUUCAACACCGUAGGUAUACUAUACCUCUUGGAUGCCGUGCAUUCCAACAAUCUAAAAUUGUUUUUGAUCCGAAUAAAUUCUGGUCACCACUGGAUGAAUGGUAUGAUGAACCUUUCGAAUCACUAAAUGAUCUUCCCGCUAACAUUCAAGCUGCCCUUGAAGAUGUUUUGGCUGACGAAGAUGAGUAUUGUACAAAAUCACCUUCAUCCAAGCCUACUAUGUCGGCAAGAAGUACUACAUACGAGUCUGAAAUAGGCACCGCCCGAUCUGCAUUAUCAACCGAACUUAGCGAGAACUACGUUGAACCCAAAUUCAGUUUGAGAGAUUACUGUAGCUUUGAUCUCAUGGAUGAUCAUAUUCGUUAAAUCUUU